AUGGUGCGUGGGAGCCCCCCCGAGCCCGAGUGCAAGAGCCGAAACCAGGAGCGAUGCAGGUGCAAAAAGAUAAAGCCUACGCUGUCGACCUAUUUGACCAAGAACUACAGCUACAUCAUUCAUGCUAAAGUAAAAAGUGUAGAAAGAGGGAACUGCAACGAGAUAACGACUGUGGUUGAAGUAAAAGACAUACUUAAGUCUUCGAUGCCUAUUCCUCUGUCUCAAGUGCCUCUUCUUACAAAUUCUUCCUGCCAGUGUCCACCUCUUCAGCCAAAGCAGGAUGUUCUCAUCAUGUGUUACGAAUGGCGUUCAAGGCUGAUGCUUCUUGAUGGAUGUCUAGUUGAAAAAUGGAAGGAUCAACUAAACAAAAGAUUUAAGAGAUGGGAACAGAGACUGCAAGAGCAAAAGCAGCGAACGGCCCACAGUAAGAACCAGAAUGCCGGACGCAGUGGUCGCAGUGGGGCACCAAAACCAUCAACGAAGAACACCAACCCAUUGGUCAGUGGCCCCAAAAAGGCUGUUAAAGUGAGAAAUGGUCAGAAAGAAACGAACCCUAAAAAAGCAUGAAUGUUACAUUUCUGAAAGGAAAGACUUUUUCUUGCAUGAUGAGGGUCACAAGCUGGCUUGAUCGGCAUGUUUUAUUAAUCUAGAACUCAUCAAUUUAAAAACUCACUGCAGUUUCUACAUAGACAUUGUUGCUGCACUUUACUUUUAAAGGUUUUCUUUUCCUUUCAAGCCACAGAGUGUAGGUUUGCACUAAUUUGUGGUAGGCAUACUCAAACUGAUUUAGCUUUACCUUAGGGCUCUGAUUCCAAUUUUAGGUAGAGGGUUAAGGCAGUAACUACUGCAGCUGCUGGAGCUGACUCUAUCUGCUGUUAGGAAUCAUAGCCCUUGUUCAGAGGAUUCAAAAGCAUAGUUUACCAACAAGCAUCUGGGCAUGCGUUAUGUGAUUACUAUUUUUUUUUAAUGUGUGUGCCAGAAAUAUGCUUACCGUGUUACUAUUUGAACUUGUGAGUUUGUGUAGUGAAAAUGCAUUGAAAGCAGACUUUUUUUAUUGUACUUCAGGCUGGCUUCUGUUGUUAUAACUUCAAAUGUAUUUAAACAUCUAAUUGAAAAAUCAGUAUUUUUUAAAAGAACAGAUUAAAGUGAAGCAGAAUUGCAGAAUUCCUUAAAGUAACAUUUACAUGUUUGCUGUAAUAUAGCUUUGUUGUGAAAAUGAAAAGCAUUAUUCUAAACAGAACUGACAGCUACUGUACAGUAUUAAAAUGAAGACAGGGCUUUAUGCAUCUCAGUAUUCAUUUGGAUCUUUAACCAUUUUUAUUGUUGGAUACUAUUUCUAAAUCUUACUCAGUUGCCAAAUAAAUAAAUAAAUAAGAUUGCUUGUCCUUUUUCAUAAGUCUCUCAAAAAAAGCCUGGCUAUCUGCAGUUUUCCUAACGUGAAGGUAGCAUUGGCCCUGCAAAAGGUCACAGUCAAAGCAGAUUCUGCUUCUCUGGGGCUAAGAGUAAAUUUUACUGACUUAAUUUUUGCUGUGUGAGGUAUUCAAGUAGCAGAGGUGAUAUAAAUCCAAUUGGCCUAGCUCCAAGGUGGCGUGUAUGCUAUUCCUGCCCAGCUGUAUGUGGAGUACAUCCAGUAUUGCUAGCACAGUCCAGUUUCUGUUAGUGUUGCUAGCACAGUCUAGUUUCUGUUAGCACAUAAGGAAAUUGCCUUCAUUUAUGUUGUAAGAGCUCAUGAUAACCGUCUUAAAGACCUUCAAGAAUUCCCACAGCAAAACUAAGGACUUGAUUUGGCAUUCUUAAUAUUUAUAAAAUAUACCAAGUAUUUCUAAAAUAGAGAGUGUCUAUAUCGGAAGGAAGAGUUCUGUGUAGGUUAA